AUGAACCUGUCUUCCACCUCAAAGCUGUCCACUUUUGCUUGGGGAAUGGCACUGGGAGUUUUAACCAUGUUCAUAUUUGAACACUAUAAUUACAUGCAGUUUAUGCACGAGUACAUUGCAACUGAGUACACCGAAAAAAUAGCUGCUCAGAGAAAUGUUAGCACGUACAAGACUAACGCGUAUUAUCGUCCUACUGAACGAAAAAGAUACAGCAUUCAACGAGAGGAGAGAGGUUAUUUGACCCCUGAAGUUAACGGGACACGAAUCUUAUGCUGGAUAAUGACAAGUCCAGACAACAUACCUAAAAGAGCAAAAUCAGUGAAGGAUACGUGGGGAAAGCGCUGCGACACCCCUCUGUUUUUCAACUCAAAAGAGGAUCUCAAUUUCCCCGCCAUUGGGCUUAAUGUUGAAGAGGGGCCUGCAAAUUUGUAUGACAAAGCUCGAGCAUCAUUGGAGUACAUUUAUAACCACCAUCUCAACGAUGCUGAUUGGUUUUUUAAAGCGGACGACGACACUUACGCCAUCAUUGAAAAUCUUCGUUCUUAUCUAUCCAAAUUGAAUACCUUGGAACCUCAUUAG